GCGUUAUAAGUUCUUUUUCAAAGAAAACAUCAUUCAUUAAGAGAAAGAGAGUUACACCAUUCCCCGCUGUUUACACGAACGGAAAAGAAAUCGGAAAAUUUCAGUUUACAUUUUCCAUUUUAUUUUUGUUUUGAUUUUUUUUUUCUUUGCUUUUUCCUCUUUCAUAAAUAAGUAGUUGGCAUUUAGCACGCGCAUAAAACCGCAAAUUCAUAAAUCUCAAUUCUGUGAAAGUACCAACGUCGUAUAUGUUUUACUUGCGUCAUAUUACGUGAACUUUAAGCAUCCAUAUUUUUUAUAAAUAUUUUAUGUGUGAUUCAGCGUAUAUUUUGACACAAUAAAUCAGAUAUUAUGUUCAAAGUGUCACAAGAGAUUUACCUAAAUUCUAGUGAUUCGGCAAAUUUGAGCAAUAUUUAUGGGACAUACAAAAAAUCUGAAAAUGACGGUUCUUAUGCGAUAAACGAGCGCAAAGUGUUUGUUUCACCAGAGGUGUCGGACACAAAAAAAAUUUCGAUUCUUCACUUUCCCACCGAUCCUCUGCAGAUCAAUCAAGUUUGUGAAUUUAUUGUUAAGAAAAAUGAUGCCAGAGGAAAUGUCGAAGCCCAGCUAAUAGCGCCGAGUGGUAAGAAAACCAUUUUACACCUUCAUCCAACCGACCCUGACAGACUAACUGUUCGUAUUGUUCCACUGGAAACCGGAAGUCAUAAGAUACAUGUUCGCUUCAAUGCUGUAGAGAUCCCUCAAUCACCUCUUCAGUUUGACGUUUGUGAUGAAAGCCAGUCGUUCGCACAUAAACUUCCGGUAUUUAGUUCUGAUGCGAGCAAAGUCACAUAUCGCGGAAUUGGCAUUCAGAGCAUAAGCCUUCACGACAAGAAUGAAUUCUAUGUGGAUGCGUCCAAAGCUGGAAAUAACAUAUUAUUCAUUGGCGUUUGCGGUCCGAGAGGACAGUGCGAAGAGGUGGCUGUGAAACAUCUAGGCCAAAAUAACUAUUAUGUGACCUAUCGUGUUCAAGAUCCUGGACAAUACUUGAUUGCCGUCAAAUGGGGCGAUGAACAUGUCCCAAACUCACCAUUUUCACUGGAAACAAACUAACCAAUGACAGUUAGUGCGGCUAUGUAAAGUAAAAUUUUUGUCGAUGUAUUAUUAGGACUAGAUAUUGUUAAAAUAAAUAGCGAAAUUAUGUGUACAGAAA